AUGGAGAAAAAUGGCAAGAUUACUAAUGGCCAUGAAGAAACAACACUGUUCAUCCUGCCGGACUCUGACACACACAAGGCCCUUGAGGCGGAGCAGGCAGUCAUAUCAGAUACCUGGGACAAAGAGGAGGAAGAAAGAGAGCACUGGACCAGAGGUUUAGAUUUCGUCUUGUCUUUGAUUGGCUAUGCUGUUGGUGUCAGCAAUCUGUGGCGGUUCCCAUACCUGACCCUGCGCAAUGGCGGGGGUGCAUUUCUGAUCCCCUUUUUCUUUUUCUUGCUGUUGUGUGGAAUACCUCUGUUUUACUUAGAGGUCUGCCUGGGACAGUUUUCUGGGACAAGCUCUCUUUUUGUGUGGAAAAUGUGUCCACUGGUUAAAGGUAUUGGCUAUGGAAUGGUCCUGGUUUCUGGCAUGGCCUGCAUCUACUACAACGCGGUUCUCUCCUGGGUCAUCUACUACCUGGUGAAUUCCUUCAGGGCAGACUUGCCCUGGGCCAGCUGUGGGCACUGGUGGAACACUCCACAAUGUGUUACGCACCAAGGCGAACUGAACUCAAUGUUUGCCUCCAACGUGAGUGAUGGUAACAUGACUCUUAACCUGCAGUUAACCAAUGGUUCGGGGAACUUUGCAAGCGGGAGUUCAUCUUGUGUUGGCAAUGCCUCACUGUGUGGGUCAAGCCAAGUCAAGUACAGGACGGCCGCUGAGGAGUUCUGGCAAUACAAUGUCCUGAGAAAAAGUGACGGCCUAGAGAACCUGGGAAGUAUGCAGAUGCACAUUGCCUUGUCGCUUCUUGCGGCUUGGAUUCUCGUCUGUCUCUGCCUGAUCAAGGGAGUCAAGUCUGUUGGGAAAGUUGUCUACUUUACGGCCCUAAUGCCUUAUGUGUUGCUGACCGUUUUUCUUAUACGGGGCAGUAUGUUACCUGGAGCGAUAGAUGGGAUCAUCUUCUAUGUGAAACCAGACUUUGAGAAACUCAUGAACUUUACUGUGUGGAUUGAGGCUUGUGUUCAGGUCUUCUAUUCUCUGGGGCCAGCAUGGGGUGGGCUGAUAACCAUGGCCAGCUUCAACAAAUUCCACAACCAGUGUUUCAGGGAUGUGUUGAUUGCCUCCCUGGCUGACGGGCUGACCAGUGUGUACGGAGGAUUUGUCAUAUUCUGCGUGCUGGGCUUCUUGGCAAAGGAAGCCAAUGUCAGCGUCACAGAAGUGGCAACCCAGGGUCCUGGUUUAGCUUUAGUUGCCUACCCAGAAGCGAUAUCCAAGCUUCCUAUACCACAGCUGUGGGCGGUGCUUUUCUUUUUCAUGCUUCUGCUGUUGGGCAUCGACAGUCAGUUUGGCAUGUUUGAGACAGUGGUGGCAGGUUUGAUAGAUGCCUUUCCCCAUCAGCUGCGGAGGAGACGGAUUUGUCUCACAUUUGGACUUGCUUUCCUCAGCUACUGUGUGUCUCUGCCGAUUGCAACUAAUGGAGGCAUCUAUGUAUUCACUUUGCUGGACUGGUUUGUUGCUGCUUUCUGUGUUAUGAUCACCUCCUUCCUCGAGUGUUUUGUGAUUUGCUGGAUUUAUGGUGUUGACAGGUUCAGCGAUGAUAUAGAGAUGAUGCUAGGGAGGAAGCCGGGCCUGUUUGUGAGGAUCUGCUGGACAGUCUUCACACCAUUAAUUAUGUUGACUGCAUUUAUAUUCACCUGUGCCAUGUAUACCUUACCUGUGUAUGAUGGUUACGUGUUUCCUAUGUGGGCCAACUUACUGGGCUUCAUCAUAUCUGUGAUUCCAUUGAUACCGAUCCCUGUGGGUGCACUUAUAGUCUUAUUGAAACAGAAAGGUACAUUUAUACAGCGACUACAAUCUUCUCUGCAGCCAGCAGAGAACUGGGAGCCAGCAGCAAAACAAUACAAAGAGUUGUACGGAGAAAAAUCAAAAGCAUACAAUCAACGACGGCACUGGCUUGUGGCAUGGUAUCGACGCCACAGAUUAUAA